AUGUACUUCGACGGCUCCAGGACCGAGGCCAGGUCCGGAGCUGGAGUCGUGAUAGAAUCCCCUCAAGGACAAAGGUGGCAAUUUGAGUUCCAGCUCGAUUUCAAAUGCACCAACAAUCAGGCCGAAUACGAGGCACUCAUCAUCGGUCUCGAAAUUCUGAGAGAAAUGAAGGCAACCCGUGUCUUGGUUUACGGCGAUUCUCAGCUGGUGAUUAACCAAUUGACCGGGGAAUACCAGUGCACGAGCGAGAAUUUAACUAUGUAUUAUGUAACGGCCCUCAAUGCGGCCGAUGAAUUUUCUAGGAUUUCCUUUGUCUACGUACCGCGCGCCGAAAAUCAUGAGGCCAAUGAGAUGGCCCAGGUAGCGUCAGGCGUGAAUAUUCCGGACGAUGACCAUGAUCGUGUGAUAAGAGUCGAGAGGCGUACCUUGCCAGCUUUGGCUGAACGAGGAAUGACAACGCAAGUAUCAUCGGCCGAGGUCAUCGACGAAGUUAACACGGCCGAGGCCGAUUGGCGCUACCCCAUAGUAAAGUAUCUGCGCGACCCCUCCGGCAGCCAUGAGAGGACCACGCAUUUCCAGGCUCGGUGUUAUUUGAUUUAUCAAAACGAGCUGUAUCGAAAGGGAUCGGACGGCUUAUUGCUCCUAUGUCCUAGUGCCGGAGACAUCAAGGUUAUCAUGACCGAAUCCCACGAGGGGAUUUGCGGCGCUCACCAGUCUGGCUUCAAGAUGAGGUGGUUGGUUCGAAGGCACGGCUAUUACUGGCCGACCAUUUUAAAAGAUUACAUAGAGUAUGCGAAGGGGUGUAUCAAAUGCCAGAUCUACGGCCCCAUACAAAGGGUACCGGACGAAGCCCUCCACCCGGUUACCAAACCAUGGCCGUUCAGGGGUUGGGCCGUGGAUAUCAUCGGCAAAAUCUAUCCGGCCGCGUCCAACCAACACGCAUGGAUUUUGGUGGCAACCGACUAUUUUACUAAAUGGGUCGAGGCGGAGUCCUAUCGGUCAAUUUCUAGCGCACAGGUGGUCAAAUUCUUCGAGAAACACAUCGUCCACAGGUUCAGUAUACCUGAAACUAUCACGGCCGACAACGGCCCAGUUAAAUUGGUUCACUCAACACCUUACUACCCCCAAUCUAACGGACAGGCCGAGGCGAGCAACAAGGUAAUCAAGGGCAUCCUUGAGAAGAUGAUUGAGGAAAAACCGAGGGCAUAG